CAUCAACACUAGCAGCUAGCCGCAGAUGUCACCCUGCCGCCCACACUGUGUUUCCGCUCCCUCGGACUGCUCCAGCCUCCGAUAAACUGGCAUUUUACACCUUUUUGAACGAGGGAGUUUUUCUUAGAGUAUUUUCAUUCGUCUCUUUGUUUUGUUUUUUUAAACCCACGGCGGCUGUGAAACCACCCGCUCUCCGGUCAGCCCGUCGGCUCCGCGGGGAACAGGCUGUAUGAUGUGACACCGGGAGCUGCAGGAGGACACUGUCGCUGUGUAUCUUAUGAUAUAUGUGAUGGACCAGCAGAGGGCGCUACAUUCAGGUUGCCUGGUCUCAGGGGUUCGUACGCCUCCCGUCCGCCGCAACAGCAAGCUGGCCAGCCUGGGACGCAUCUUCAAGCCAUGGAAAUGGAGGAAAAAGAAAAACGAGAAGCUGAAGCCCUCGGCAGCAGGGGAGAAGAAGGCAGCUGUACGACAGAAGAGAGAUGACCUCGUCAGGAGGAACCCCGGGGAGACGGAGACAGAGUCAGAUCUUGCUUGUGGUGGUAAUGGUGAAGAUCCAGAUACACCCACUCACUCUGAUGGUGAGGACAGAGACGAGGAGCCCGUGGCACCUCUGGCCAGCACCAAUGAAGACCUGGGCAGUGAUUUAGAAGCCUCAACAGUGCAAGAUUUGACUGAAGAUUCAAAGAUGGUGGGAGAUCCCAAUCAGAGUGAAGAUGGAGAAGAUGAAAGCACCUCACUGAGCGACCCCAGUGACGAGCAGCCAAAGGGGAAGGUGGAGGCUGACGAAGGCAAACAGGAGGCCACAUCGGCCCAGCCUGGACGAGCCAGCACCUCUCCUCCACCUAACCUGCCAGUCAAACUGCUCACCAGACUGGGCAGCCUAGACUGUGCUCCUUCAGUGCCAGUAAAGAAGUCCCCAGCCACCUUACCCAGGAACUUCACUCUUCCCAAAGACCCUCAUGGCUCCCUGUUGAGAGGCAGGAUCUCCACCCCGACUGGGUCCCCCCACCUUGGGGCGCUACACUCACAGCUGCCCCCUAGCUGCAUCAUUGAGGAACUGCACCGUGCCCUGGCCACCAAACAUAGACAGGACAGUUUCCAGACGAAGGAGGCGCGCUCCUCUCUGAAACGCCGGCUGGAUGGUCGUCUGUCCCGCACAUCCAGCACAGAGAGGGAGCCUGCCGGGGAAUCGGAGAGCAAGAAGGAGUCCGAUGAGAACAAAGAGAACUGGCGUCUGGACGAAUACUUGAGUGACCAGGACAGCUGGAACGAGUCUGUCAUCUCUGGGACCCUCCCGCGCAGAAUGAGGAAGGAGCUGCUGGCUGUGAAGCUUCGGAACCGACCCAGUAAGCAGGAGCUGGAGGAUCGCAACAUCUUCCCCGUCCGCAGCGACCAGGAGCGGCAGGAAAUCCGCCAGCAGAUAGAGAUGAAGCUGGCCAAGAGACUGAGCCAGAGGCCGGCCGUGGAGGAGCUGGAGAGCCGGAACAUACUGAAGCAAAGAAAUGAUCAGACAGAACAGGAGGAGAGGAGGGAAAUCAAACAGCGGCUGAACAGAAAGCUGAACCAGAGGCCGACGGUGGACGAGCUGCGGGACAGAAAGAUCCUCAUUCGUUUCAGUGACUAUGUGGAAGUGGCCAAAGCUCAGGACUACGACAGGCGGGCUGACAAGCCCUGGACCAGACUGUCAGCUGCUGACAAGGCAGCGAUACGAAAGGAGCUGAACGAGUUCAAAAGCAAUGAGAUGGAAGUUCAUUCUUCGAGCAAGCACCUGACAAGGUUCCACCGGCCAUAGCAAGGUUUCUUCUGUGAAGAGUUGCUGAUAUCUGGUUCUGUCAGUGAAGACCUUGCACGGAGUCUUCCAGCGCCCUGGCCCACAGUUAGUGGGCGUCCUGGUAUUUGGGUCCAGCGAACCUUUGGAGGCUAUGUCUCUAGAAAUGGAGCUGCCGGUAGACGGGGACGCAUGCAGCGAGCUCCACUUCUGCUCAGAGGAACAUCUCUUUAACCCUCACUUCACCUUGUCAGAGGAGCGGGAGGAAUCAAGGUCAUGUAUUCGCCAUAGACAAGCAGAGACUUUUUUUUGUAAACAGACUCUUUUGAAAGACGUCCUUUUUGAUGCCACAGGGGGGAAAUGUGCAUGUGACCGAGUCGACCAGUCCCACUCCAGUAUCAGUAGUCACAUCCCCGAGCUGUGUCUGAGUCUCACUGAUUCAGUUGAUGCGUUUCAUAUCAACAGUGUAAACAGAAUCCUUGUCUGUGUAAAAGACAAAAUUCCCUUUGUAAGCACUAUUUAUUGUCUGCACAAUACAGGUUUUCAAUUUCUAACAAA